AUGCAGCAGAUGAAAGACCUGGACAUCUAUGACUGCGUCGCGUUCGGUGUGUUGACAGUAGCGGGAUACCUGGUGGGCUUGUACUUUUCUUUCGCAAGGAACCGACGACAGAAAGCAUUCAGAGGUGCCAAUGGCACAAACGCUGAAAUCGAAGCCUUCCUGGGUGGACAAACCCUUCCCGCCACCGCACUGGCCAUAUCCGUUGUGGCAUCAGUAGCGAAUGGCGUGAAUGUGGUGAGUUUUGUGGGUCACUUCUACGCACACGGAUUUCACAGCUCAUGGGUUGUGGCUGGCACUUUAGUUGCAUCGAUAUUGACCGUGACAGCAGUAGUGCCUCUGCUCUACGAGCUACGGGUGGCCUCGAUUUUUCAGCAAACGCUUGGUGCAGUGGGCAUAUACAGUGCUGCUCUUGGGAUUUCGACAAUGUUUCCCGUGCCUCUUCUCUACUCGAACAUCAUCAUUGGCUUAGCGGGAACAGUGUACACAGCACUGGGUGGACUGCGCGGCGUCGUUUGGGCGGACUGUGUUCAAGCACUGGUGAUGUUUUUGUCACCCCUCACCAUCAUCGCCAAGGUUCUUUAUGACUCCGGCCACGUGACACCACCGCUGAGGCCCAUAACCGACAUGAACAUUACAGAGUACAUGUUCAGAAUGAAUAUGGACAUCACGAGCGACGACACCUUCUGGGGUUGUCUUAUUGGUGGGCUUCCAUAUAUCAUGGUACGCUUGGGGUUCGACCAGAUGGUCGUGCAACGAUACAUGGCCGCUAGGAAUCUACGAGCCGCCAAAAUAAUAGCCGUUGCCGGAGCUGCCUUCGUCGCUUUCUUUUUUCUGUUGGUGUCCAUUGGCGCGGUGUACAUCAUAUAUUGGUACAGGGACUGUGACCCUUUCGUCAGAGGCGACAUCAGCAACUACGAUCAGUUGUUCCUGUCGCUGUACGCAUCGGCCUCGGGUCCGUUCGUUGGGCUCAUCUUCUAG